CCACUUGUUAGACUCUCUCUCUCUCUCUCUCUCUCAACCUCAAGCAUACAAAUACAAUCGAUAACGGAGGAGAGAGACUCUAAUAUAAGUUCAACUCUCGAAGUUUCCUCAUUUUCAUCACAGUCUCUGCAUUUUCUCACGCGUACAAAGCCUGUGUAAGUGUAAUUCUUCGCUCAUUCAAAAUUCUAGCUCAGACUUAGUUGAGAACUCAUGCAUUCCACCUCAGAGAGGCUCUCGCCGUUCGAUUUGAUGGCGUCUAUUCUAAAGGGUGUGAAAUUGGAUAAUUCUAAUGGGUCCUCGGAGGCGGUGCCGGCUUCUGUUGUAGCGAUAUUGAUGGAGAACAGGGACUUGAUGAUGGUGCUGACGACCUCCGUGGCUGUGCUGAUUGGGUGCGUUGUGAUUAUCAUGUGGCGCCGUGCUGCGGUAUCGGCCAAGAAGACGGUGGUGCCGCCGCCGAAACCGGUUGUGCGCAAGGUCGUGGUGGAUCCGGAGGAAGUGGACGAUGGAAAGAAGAAAGUCACCAUCUGUUAUGGGACCCAGACUGGUACCGCUGAAGGCUUUGCUAAGGCAUUUGCUGAGGAAGCUAAAGCUAGAUAUGAAAAGGCCAAGUUUAAUGUGAUUGACAUUGAUGAUUAUGCUGCCGAUGAUGAAGAGUACGAGGUGAAGUUAGGAAAGGAAACUUUGACAUUCUUCUUUCUUGCCACGUAUGGUGAUGGUGAGCCUACCGAUAAUGCAACAAGGUUCUACAAAUGGUUUACAGAGGGAAAAGAUAGAGGGGAUUGUCUUAAGAAUCUUCAAUAUGGAGUAUUUGGCCUCGGAAAUCGGCAAUAUGAGCAUUUCAACAAGAUUGCGAGAGUGGUGGAUGACCUUGUUGCUGAGCAAGGUGGGAAGCGGCUUGUCCCUGUGGGUCUUGGAGACGAUGAUCAAUGUAUGGAAGACGACUUUGCUGCUUGGCGGGAUUUAGUCUGGCCUGAGUUGGAUAAGCUGCUUCGCGAUGAGGAUGAUGCAACUGUUGCCACUCCAUACACUGCAGCUGUCUUGGAAUAUCGAGUUGUGUUUCAUGACCAAACAGAUGCAUCGAAAAAUGACUCAAUUCAGGCCAAUGGUCAUGCUAAUGGUCAUACUGUUUACGAUGCUCAACAUCCUUGCAGAGCUAAUGUGGCAUUAAAGAAGGAGCUUCACACUCCUGUAUCUGACCGCUCUUGCAUUCAUUUGGAAUUUGACAUAUCUUGCACCGGACUCGUCUAUGAAACUGGCGAUCAUGUUGGUGUAUACUCGGAGAAUUUGAUUGAAACCGUGGAGGAGGCCGAAAGGUUGCUAAAUCUGCCUCCAGAUACUUACUUUUCCAUUCACACUGAUAAGGAGGACGGCACACCACUUGGUGGAAGCACCUUGACACCUCCCUUCCCUCCUUGUACUUUAAGAGAAGCAUUGACUCGAUACGCCGAUCUCUUGAGUGCUCCAAAAAAGUCUGCUUUAACUGCAUUGGCAGCUUAUGCUUCUGAUCCAAGUGAAGCGGAUCAAUUGCGGCAUCUUGCAUCCCCUGUUGGAAAGGAGGAGUAUGCACAGUGGGUAGUUGCAAGUCAGAGAAGCCUCCUAGAAAUAAUGACAGCAUUUCCAUCAGCCAAGCCUCCACUUGGCGUUUUCUUUGCUGCAGUUGCUCCACGCCUGCAGCCCAGAUUUUAUUCAAUCUCGUCUUCCCCCAAGGUUGCACCAUCCAGAAUUCAUGUAACUUGUGCAUUGGUUUACGAGAAAACGCCUACAGGACGAAUUCACAAGGGUGUCUGCUCAACAUGGAUGAAGAAUGCUGUGUCUUCAGAGGAAAGCCUCGACUGCAGUUGGGCACCAAUUUUCGUGAGGAACUCUAACUUCAAACUUCCUGCUGAUUCUAAAGUACCAAUAAUAAUGAUCGGGCCUGGAACUGGCUUGGCUCCCUUUAGGGGUUUCUUGCAGGAACGACUAGCUCUGAAGGAAUCAGGAUCAGAACUUGGUCCUGCCAUAUUAUUUUUCGGAUGCAGGAACCGUAAAAUGGACUUCAUCUACGAGGAUGAGUUGAACAACUUUGUGAAAGCUGGUAUAAUCUCUGAACUAGUUGUUGCUUUCUCGCGAGAGGGACCCUCUAAACAAUAUGUCCAACACAAGAUGUCCGAGAAGGCUCUAGAUAUCUGGAACAUGAUUUCUGAGGGAGGAUAUUUAUACGUAUGUGGUGAUGCAAAAGGCAUGGCCAGGGACGUCCACCGAACUCUCCACACCAUUGUGCAAGAGCAGGGAUCUCUAGACAGCACCAAGGCUGAGGCCAUGGUGAAGAAUCUACAAAUGAGUGGAAGGUAUCUACGCGAUGUAUGGUGAUGAUUCCUCCCCGGGUUGAAAGAAGAAGGAUUAAGGGUGCGUGGAGACGAAUUAACUCAGCUUUUCUAUUCGCUGAGGCAAACUCAUUGCUGUACAUAGGGAGGCUUGCUACCGUUUCUGCAGUUAAUGGAGAAGGUUGAAGUGUGAGUGUUGUUAUAAAAGGAUUUGGUUCUUCCCUCUACUUUCUUAAAAGAUCUUAGGGUUCAUGUAAUUAUACAUUCUAUCUAUUCUAUGACACAACAAAUUAUUAUUUAUUAGUAUGAAUAAUACCAGGUAUAGUUACUGUCCCAAUGA